CUGUCCUAAGAGAACGACCCCUACCCCAAAAACCUUCUCAGAACUCUCUUUCACCUCUCUAUAGCCCCAUUUUCCUCCACCGCCCGCUGCGCGCCAGAAAUCGCCCACGGCAGCGGGCCACCACCAAUCAACCCGAAAAUUUCACCAGAUGAUCCUCGUCCCUUCCUCAUUCCUAAUCUCUUAACCUUGGCCUUUGAAACCCACUAUAACUCGUCCAAUAGUAGAUCUAAAAUUCAAAAAAAAAAACCAUAAUAUGUCUUUUCUUGAUUUCUUCUCAAAGACAACUCAUUAUGACUCGAAACCUAUGUUGAUCGAUUGCUCUUGACGAGAGCAAUCGAUUGAUGUUUUUUUGUUUAUUCCGAGAUCACCGUAUUUUGGUCAACCGACCAUUGACCGGCCAGAAGUCACUAACCCCGUUUGAUUAAGAGCUCUGAGAAGAAAAUAAAGCAUGAAGUCCCUGGGUUCGAUAUGGUCCAAAAUAUCGGUGGAAAGACCUUGUACCUUGCAACAAGAAUCAUAUGAGAAGAGUAUUGGGUGACCUUCCAUCCUUGCUAAACAUUCCACCAAAUAGGGCACUGAUUGAGGCCGCUACCAUGUUCUGGGAUGAGAAAAGCGCCAUUUUUCGAUUCGGCAAUAUAGAAAUGACUCCUCUCCUAGAAGAAAUGGGAGGGUUCGCUAAGUUUCUAUGGGAUAGUCCGGGAUUACUGGUACCAGAGAAUCACACUCCUCGCGGUUUUCUAAAGAUGUUGGGUUUUAAGAAAAAUGACGAGCCGCUCUGUUUAAAAAAGUCAUACAUCCCUUUUGAAUUUCUUUAUGAGCGUUAUGGGCAUAGCAAGUCAUAUCGUCUUCAUCAUGAGGAGCUUGCCAUUACUUCCUUUGGUUGGAUGCACCGCCGGGUUUAUGUGUUCAUCGUCUGCUUCUUGGGGUUGUUGAUAUUUCCAACGAAAUAGGGAAGGAUUCAUACUCGCUUAGCCAUGGUUGCCAGGACUUUGAUGGAGGGCAUCGAAGGACAAACUUAUACUAUCAUCCCUAUGAUCUUAGCUGAGAUGUACCGCGCUCUAGAUCGGUGCAAGCAUGGAUUUGGACACUUUGAGGGUUAUAAUUUGCUACUACAGGUCUAGCUGCUGGAACACUUUCAGAGAGGAGAGUAUCGUCAAGAGCUUCUACGACAGCUGUUGAAUGACUACAUAGCUUACCAUCACCUAAAGAAAAUGAUGUUUAUCCCAGACAGGUUUGCACAACCUGGAAAUGCUGUAAGUUGGGUACGCUUCUUCAGCAAUCUCACAGACGAACAUGUACAUUGGAUGUUUGAGUGGUUUCCUAGCAGUGAGUUCAUCAUCAGGUCAAGAGAGACUACUCAUCUGGUACUGAUCAGGUUACGAGGCAUCUAUCCUUAUGCUCCCAUAAGGGUAAUGAGGCAAGCGGGGAGAAAACAGGUCAUACCUCAGGUUUCUAACAUGGUCCAGUACAUGGCAGACUUCAAAGGAGACGCCAUUCCAUUCAAGUUCGAGGCACAACAUAUGUGGAACCAAAAGGUCAUUGUGGAAAAAGAAACCAUUAAGCCAGACAGGUAUCACGCCGGUCAUAUGUAUUGCUAUCUAUCAUGGUUGGAGGAUGACGUAGCGGAAGACAUCAAGAAAGGAAUCAAUCUGAAGGACAGAAAUAUAGAUAAAGCAGCUGAGGCACAGGUUAAGUAUAUAAGGCUAUGCAAAAGAGUGUUCGAGUCUGAAGCUAAACAUGUGGAACAACACAAAGUGAACAUGGAAGUGAUAAAUGAAUGGAUGGAUAUUGCCACUAAUUCAACAGAAAGAUUGGAAUACUUGGAACAAGGAUUGAUGAAGCUCGAGGGAAAGAUGAGAAAGAGACUCUCAGAUUGUCAAGGCACGGAUGGUAGUGAAGGAGGACAUCUAGCAAAAUCUUACUUACUGUGCGCGAUCUGGGAAACCUGAUUGAUGAGGUCAAAAUAGCUAAGCACGGAGAAGGUCCUUCAGGGACCAAGUAGACUAGGAUAUGAUGUUCUUUACAGUUUUCUAGCUUAGCUUUAGAUUUCGAUUGUAAUAAGGAUAAAUGUCAUUAGUAAUUUUUAUUAUUGUCGAUUUAGUAAGGGUUUGACUCAU